UCUGCGGAUGUGUAACGGAAGCAAAAUAGACAAACAUCUCCCAGCAGACAAAGAGGACAGCCCUGGAGUUGCGCAAUAUCCGGAUCACGUGUCCAAACCGUAAUGGCUGCGUCCUGCUCGCAUGUGAAAGGAAACACUUGCAGCGUCACUUAAUCAAGAAUACAGGAUGACAGCCUAUAAAUUAGGGCAUGAUCUGCUCAGAGGCACAGCACUACUGCGCAGUGGCGGAUUGCUCUGGCAAGGCUGUAGUUUCCCAGGACUUGGGGGCACUGUUUCAGCACACAGUGGGCAGCGAUAUGCAGGACACUCUUGUCUUUCGAGCACGGCACAGAAGCGGCGGCCAUCGGUCAGCUAUCACGUGUACGCUGUCAGAUUUCACUCUCAGGAGGGGACUAGCUGGCAGGGUCUGAGUGAUUCUGGAGGACAGCAUCAUAGCCCAGAAAACCCUACCAAUGCUAUGGACUUGCCCAAGGAGAGCAUGUCCCAGACUCUCUUCAACGAGCGGCUGAAGGAGUGCUCUUCUCCCACCGACGUGCUGGACCUGGUCGGCCAGUACAAGAUGAAGCUGAGUCAGGUGAGCAGCAGCCUGAUGUGCAUCUGGAAGAGCAUGAAGAAGAUGUCUGAGGAGCAGGCUCGGUACGAGCGGAAGCUGAUGUUAAACCACCCGACCUUCAAGCUGCUGUGCUCCUACGCUCUGCGCAACGCCACCGCGAUGAGGCGCAGCGACCUGGGCUUCUGCCUCUUUGCCGCGGUGAAGCUCGGUUUGCCGCAGAAGAGCCGCCUGGUGCAGACGCUCCUGCGUGCCAUACAGGAAACGCUGGAUGAGUUUGACGAUAAGGCCCUGUCGGUGCUGGCUACUAGCCUGGGGGACAUGGACAGCAGUGAGAACGUGAAUGCGCUCAGGAAAGGCAUUGGGCUGAUGAUGGAGCACAGGGUUUCGGGGAUGAAGAGUGUGGUGUCGCUACAGAAGCUGAUGCGCUGCAUUGGGAAGGACGCCCCCCAGGGGCUGAAGCUGCAGCUGGAGGAAAGGGCUUUAUCCAUGGUGGAUCAGUUCACCCUACCCAACACCCAGUAUAUGGUCAUCACACUGGCUGCCAUGGACUUCUCCUCUAAGCCCCUGUUGGAAGUCUGCUGCAGGAAACUUGCAGAGAACGUCCACGUAAUUCCCACCGAUAGAAUCCUGAAUGUCCUGCGUGCCUGUUGGGUCCUGCGUUACAGCAACUUGCACUUUUUCUCCACUGUUGCCGAGCACCUGACCUCCACCUUUGACAUGUGGAACAACAAACAGUUGAUCAUCUUCCUGUUAAUAUUCAUGGAUCUUGGAUUCCGUCCGGUGUCCCUUUUAGACAUGUUCUUUGGGCGAGUGAUGCAAGACCCAAACUCUCUGUCCCUGAAGGAUGUGCUCGGCAUUCUGAAAGUCUGUUCCCAGCUAAACCACUUUCCUGAAAAUCAGAAACAAGAGUUCCUGGACAGCAUCGUCAGUGUCUUGGAAUCCUACCUUCCCACGAUGUCUCCCAGUGAACUGCUGAGCGGCGUCUUCUCCCUGUGCCUUCUGGGACAGUUCCCUCUCGCACCGCUCGAAAGGUUACUCCGCAAAGAGACUCUGGAUGAAGUUAAAGGGAGUACGAGGGACCGCCGAAUGCUGCAUCUCGUGAACCUGUGUCUGCGGCUGGACCGUCCGUCUUUGCCUGAGGGCCUCGCUGUGCCCCCUGGCGGUGAUGGCACGCUCCUCAUCGACCGGACGGUCACUCAGGAUUGGAAAACGCUAAUACAGAAGAUAGCAGAAGAUGCUGUAUUACAAGAGGGUGUGGUCCUGGAAGAAGCCUACUUUAUAGACUGUUUGAUUACACUGCCCCUGCAAAGGACCGAUCUGAGCACACUGUCUGAAGGAGAAGGCCUGAGCUCACCAUCUGAAGGAGAAGGUCUGAGCUCACCAUCUGCAGGAGAAGGCCUGUGCUCACCAUCUGCAGGAGAAGGUCUCUCUCCAGAGUCCUGUCAGAGGCUGGCGGUGCUGUCCGCCCCGCCGUCGCAGUUCUGCCUCGGGACAUCCCACCCCCGGGGCAUGCUGGUCCUGAUCACGCGGCACCUGAGGGCCCUGGGCUACGGCCUUGUCCUGGUACCUCAGGAGGAGUUUGCCUCUCUGUCGGAGCCGGAGAUGGUGGAGAGGCUGAGAACGCGGAUCUUCCCAGUGAAGGGAGCUGCUGCGGUGUAAGUGCCGCUCAGGAGGCCAGACGUGCAGGGAGCCGCAGGCCCGACCAGGUCUCGCAGCGCUGUACGCUGCGCUCAGCCGGGGGACGUCGCCCAGCGUUAACUUCACAGACAUUCCCCUCCGUGGUGGCUAUAGGGCCCUUUACAACCGUCUCCCAAGAGUGUAGUUCAGUGCCAGCCGUCCUGCUGAAUUAUAUCAUACGGCUCGCAUCAGUGCUGUCAUUUUGUUUAUUUGCCACUUUACACAAUACACUUUCUUUUAUACUACUGUAAAAGGCCACAUCUAUGCACACACACACCCACACCCACACACGUGCCACACACACACACACACACACACACACACACACACACGUGCCACACACACACACACACACACACACGUGCCACACACGUGCCACACACACACACACACACACACGUACGUGCGCGCGCGCACACACAGACACUUGCAUGCACAGUAACCACUGAGAAGCCAACUAUCCAAUUACUUUUUGUCUCCUAAAAUUGAGGGACUCCAUAUGAAUAGGGAUGUAAUCCCUAAAUAGAUCACUCGAUAUGGAUGUAAGGAGACUUAAAUAAAGAUGAUGAAUUUUAACCUCA